UUUACGAGUAUUUAAUAGGUUUCGGGGGUUUUUAAGUGAAGAUAAGAGAAACAAGUAUUCAACUCAAAUUUCCUAUGAUUUUCCUUUCUGUCGUUUGCUAUUUUCUGAGUGUUUUUAAUGUGAUCGACGCGGAUUGUGCACCCGGAGAUGUGAAGAAUACCCAGGAAAACUGUGUUCACGUGGAGAAUUUGGCUGCAACCUGGCAAGAAGCUGAAAACUUCUGCACAGCUCAUAAUGGACACUUGGCUUCGGUGCACAAUGCGUUCGACAUGACAUCUUUGAGAAAAGUGGCCGGAGUUUGCUCAUCAUUUUGGCUUGGAGGACAAUGUCAAAAAGGAUCAAAUUGCAAUUGGAUAGAUGGAACUAGUUUUGACUAUUCCAAUUUCAGAAAUGGAAAUUCUGGAACCGAUAAUUGCAUUGUUGCAGAUACAAAAUCAGGAACAUGGUCUACCCAGCCUUGCACUGCUACAAGUUGUAUCGCUUGUGAAAUCAAGGGAGCCAUGCAGGAUUGCCAAGAUUGGAUGAAAGCAGGCUAUACCGAUUCCGGGACGUACACGAUUCUUGUAAAUGGGAAGGAAACGGAAGUUUGGUGCGACAUGCAAACUUAUGGAGGAGGAUGGGUUCUUUUUCAAAACCGUUUUGAUGACAGUGAAAGCUAUUGGGACAGAAAAUGGGAUGAAUAUAAGAACGGAUUCGGAGAUGUUGAUGAAAAUUCAAACUUUUGGUUAGGAAACGAGGCGCUUCAUGUGAUGACCACAAACAAAAAAGUGACUUUGAGAGUUGAAAUGUAUGGAGAUAGAACUCCAAACUCUAAAAAUGCCACAGACUUCUGGUUCGGACACUAUUUUGACUUUCAGGUUGGAUCUAAAACCCAAAACUACCCUCUUCUCGAUCUUACUAUGGAUUGGGCUAACCCAAUUGGUAAUGCUUCUACAGCUUGGUACGACUUGACUUGUUCAAUCGGAUCACCAUUCUCUACAAUUGAUAAUAUUCACGAUCCCGUCAAAGAAUGCGUAACAAAAUUCCAAAUGGGAGGCUGGUGGCUGAAAAAUUGUGCCCUUUCGACGCUCAAUGGUGCAUACACACCAAAGGAUUGGAAUAAUGGAUAUGGAAUGUUCUGGAUUUGGGAUGGAUCAGACACAAUCCUGCAUCCAAAGAAGACACGAAUGCUACUUAGAAAUACAGUUGCUUAAACUUGACAUUUUUAAUGUUUCUCAUCAUUCCAAGAAAAUUUAUAUUUCUUCUAAAAAAAAUACUAAAAACUUACUCGCAAUGCAUCCAAUCGUAAUUUUCUAUCGGAGCCGUCUGAGGUUCAGGAAGUGUCGAGAUCGCAUUUCCGAGUCCCCAAAUCAAUGUAAAAAGGUUUAGUCUUUCUGUGAAUCCCGUAACGUUUGUCAUCUCUACAGCAUCUGAAAAUUUGAAAUUUUCAAGUUAAAAAGAUGGAUAGAGGAAGUGGAAAAUAAACAAAAGUACUUCAAA